AUGAGUCGCAGGAUCUCGCCAUCGGAGUUGACCAACUCAAACCGUUUCGUGCCAGAUAGCAUGAUCAAUGUUUUUCGAGUGGACGACAAGACGGUGGUCAAAUUAUGCGAUCCAACCCGUCUUGCGGAGGCAGAAGCUUUGAGGUUUAUUCACUCCAAAACUUCACUGCCAGUUCCUGAAGUAUACAAUGCCUAUGUCGACGAAAGCACCGAUCGUGGAGUUAUCGUUUUGGAGUAUAUUGAUGGCGAUGUUUUUCAAGAUGUUAUUGAGGAGAUGGAUGAUGAGCGACGCGAAAAGAUUGCCUUGGAGUUGCAGAGGUUUAUGACAGAGCUGCGAUCAUUUGAAGGCGAAUUCAUCGGGUCUGUUGAUGGAUCUCCUUGUGAAGAUCCAGUCUUCUGUGCCGAACAGGGUGUAUUUGGCCCGUACAAAACAGAGCAUGAGUUCAACGAGGGUUUGAUUCUGGCAAUGAACAUGAGUCAAACCAAUUCCUGGGUUGAUCACGUUGCUAAGCUCAUUCGAGCAAUUCCAUCCCACAAAAUUGUCCUUACGCAUGCCGACCUUUCCCCACGAAACAUCAUUGUCAAAGGUGAUAAGAUCACCGGCAUAAUUGACUGGGAGAUGGCCGGGUUUUAUCCUGAGUACUGGGAAUAUAUAAAAGCUAUGUAUCAUCCAGAUUGGCAAAGUUGCUGGAUAAAGGAGGGGUUCCCUGAUCUUGUACUUAAACCAUUUUAUCGGGAGCAUGCGGUGAUGUUGCAUAUGCAAGAAGUCGUCUGGUAG